AUGGCAAACCUCGUGAAACAUGGAUUACAUGAUACCGCGACUCGACCCACUACAGAUUCACAAUGGACCCACUGGAAAAGCUUCCCUACAACAAUAGCAUGUAAUGAGUUACCACCCCGAGAAGUCAUUCCCCUCUCAAUCAAGGAUGUUUGUCCGACUUUGUCGAGAUGUUCUGGCUCAGUCCAUUCAAGUGAGAAAAAUGCCUGCACCGAUGACGACAAAUGCGAUGUGACCAAAGCUAUUCCACUAAUGGUCGAGCUGUUCUUUUACAAGCUCGGUUUUACCAUGGUAGAUGUAUUUUGUGGUCCCGACAGGUGCCCCAGGGGUUCUUACAGUGGAUGCGAAAUGGUUGACCAAUUUAAAAGCAUUCCCAUACAAGUGAAAUGGAUGAACGCAUUUGUCAACAUGAUGCCAGAAAGUAGACCUUUUGAAGCCUUUUAUAGAGAUGCUGUUAGAAGGAGGGCGUACUCUCGAAUAGAUGAAGCCAUGCGGAGUAUUAGCGAAAACGAAAACACCUUUUCAGAUGCUAGAUUUGCAUGUGAUGAAAUCGAAGCGGAAGCAGCCUGCCAGUUUUUGACAAUUCGACCACAUUACUUGCUGCUGAAAAAAAUGAGGGAACAAAGACUUCAACCGGGACACCUAGGAUUUACGAGAGAUCUUACACUUCACGAGAAUGUUGACCAUGCUAAACUGAUUGGACUGAAACAGGAUACCAUUAAACACACCGAGUUGUUAAGCGCCAUAAAUCAGCUGGAUAGCAACCUACAAGUUCACAUCCAAGGAAUUUCUUCUUAUUUCAAAGGAAUCGCUCAGUAUGAAAAAGGGAUUGCAAACGCCGACAAAGACUUCAUAAAUGGCAAACUUACAAGCUUUGAAACAGAAUUUACCAGACUUCAAGAAAAGGUACACACUGACCUUAGAGAUACAAUGAUUGCUAUGGAGACACUACUGGGUAUUGAGUUGGCUGAGGAGACCGUAGCGUUGGGUACAAAAAUAGCGGCAGAGGCAAAUCCUUUAAAAGCCAUAUUCAGUGGUGUAGAUGAAAAGGGAGUGCGAGAUCAAACAAAAGUUGUCGCUGACUUGGCAGCAGAUCUCGUACACGGAGGGGCACUUAUUGCAAAGUUAUUCGACGUUAAGGACGAUACAAUGGAGAUUGCUCUUUGCCUGAAAGAUAACAAAGAACAAAUAACAAACUUGAUUAAAGUAGUCGACAGUAUCAAGGACAGCCAUUCAGAAAAUGUUGGAUACAACGCCGAAGGGUUUGUCGAACAGUAUGCUGCCUACACCCCUAAAGUAGACCGGCACCGCAUGGAACAAAACAUUGCCAUGUAG